GUGCGAGAUAUAUCGGGUCACAGAUAUAUUGUGGUCGUCCUGCUGCGAGGAUCGAUUCGUCGCCACACGUUCAAUCGGUCAUCGAUCGGGAAUCAGGAACCUGAAGGAUGGCGUUUGAGAUAGUUUUGCAGAGGCCGGGACCGGAAGUCUUGGCUGUCGCGGAGAAGGAGCUCAGAGAGAUAGAGAAGAACGUGCAGGAGGGGCUGGCCGCGUUGAAGGAGUACAUCAAGGAGGAUAAGACCCUUUACUUCAAUACGGACGACGAAUUUCUGCUGAUCUUCCUGCGGCCAUGCAAGUUCUACGCGAAGAGCGCCUACGAUCUGAUAAAGAGGAUUAUAGAAUUCAAGGAAAAGAACUCGUCCCUGCUUGAUAACCUGCUACCGACGGAUGAGAAGUCAACCAUACUGGAGAACAACGUGGUCAACGUUCUGACAGGAAGAGACCACAAGGGUCGAAGAGUAAUGCUGGUGAACUGUGGCAGAAGCUGGGAUCCCUCGAGAGUCAGCACUGAUCAGAUACUUCGAGUGUUCUAUAUGAUUCACGUGAUAGCUAUGCGUGAACCACUAACACAGAUAAACGGUGUCGUUGUGAUGAUGGAUUUCGAUGGUCUGUCCAUGAAGCAAGUGAUGGCAUUCUCGCCAACCUUCAGCAUGAAGCUACUGAACUUCAUUCAGGAUGCCAUGCCUAUGCGUCUGAAAGAGGUGCAUAUCCUGAAACAACCGUUCCUGUUCAACAUGGUGUGGCAGAUGUUCAAGCCCUUCGUCAGGGAAAAGCUAAAGAAACGCAUGUUCUUCCACGGUAGCAAGAUGUCUUCUCUUCACGCCUACAUCCCGGCUAGUCACCUGCCCAAGGAUUACGGUGGCGAUAUGCCAAAAAUGAAUUACACGAGCGCUGAUUGGUAUCCCGUUCUGCUCAAACACGAAAACAUGCUAAAAGAAUGGAACACGUAUGGAUCUCGCAAGGAACAAUAGGCUAAGGGAGACUACAAUACACUGAAAUUAUACUAAAGAUCUUCUUCUCUCUGUGAUUGCACUAUUUUGUACAAAAUAUUUUAAGCAUUUUAAGGUUUGUUGCCUUUGCACGUUCGAGAUGUAUUUCCAAUUUAUUGUAUACUUUUGUACGGAAAAUUAAUACCUCUACAUGUUAUAAAUGAUUUUUUCAAAACGA